AUGAUGUCUGCUGCGGGCAGACAUGUCAGAAGGUAUACCCCGGGUGCUACUUUGGGUGCCGCAGCAGCAGCUGCGAAGGCUAUCAAGAUGACUGACAACGUUUCUCUUGAGACACACACAGAUAUUCAAGCUGCUGCAAAGGAGCAGGCUGAUGUUAGGGCUUCUGCUCAAGGUCAGUCUGGAGAUGAGGUGUUGAAGAGCGGGGAGACAGUCUUACACCAUGCUUACAAAGAGGACAGUGGGUACGGUACAAGGCCUAUAUAUAUGGACAUGCAGGCCACGACGCCUACGGAUCCUCGUGUCCUGGACGUGAUGCUUAAGUUCUACACAGGUCUUUAUGGUAACCCUCAUUCUAACACGCAUGCCUAUGGUUGGGAGACCAACAAAGAGGUUGAGACCGCCAGGGACCAUGUAGCCAAGGUGAUCCGCGCUGAUCCAAAGGAAAUAAUAUUCACCUCAGGUGCCACUGAAUCCAAUAACUUGGCCAUCAAAGGUGUAGGAAGGUUUUAUAAGAAGACCAAGAAGCAUAUUAUCACAACAAGGACGGAACACAAGUGCGCAUUGGAAGCAGCAAGAGGUAUGAUUAACGAAGGGUUUGAUGUGACAUUUUUGAGUGUCGACAACCAAGGUCUCAUCGAUAUGAAAGAACUUGAAGAGGCCAUCAGGCCAGAUACUUGUCUAGUUUCAGUUAUGGCUGUCAAUAAUGAAAUUGGUGUCAUGCAACCAUUAAAAGAGAUAGGUGCCUUGUGUAGAAAGAACAAAAUAUAUUUUCACACAGAUGCAGCUCAAGCUUACGGUAAAGUCCCAAUAGACGUUAAUGAAAUGAACAUUGACUUGCUGUCCGUGUCUUCGCACAAGAUUUAUGGUCCAAAGGGUAUUGGUGCGCUGUAUGUUAGAAGAAGACCAAGAGUAAGACUUGAGCCACUACUGUCUGGUGGUGGUCAAGAAAGAGGUUUGAGAUCGGGAACCUUAGCUCCUCCCCUAGUUGCCGGUUUCGGUGAAGCCGCCAGACUAAUGCACGAAGAAUACAAUGCCGACAUAGCGCACAUUGACAAACUGUCAUCAAAACUUGUAAACGGUCUGUUGAGUCUGGAACAUACCUCACUAAAUGGUUCAGCUGAAAAGCGUUAUCCAGGUUGUGUAAAUGUCUCAUUUGCUUACGUUGAAGGUGAGUCUUUACUAAUGGCCUUGAGGGAUAUUGCACUUUCAUCUGGUUCUGCAUGCACAUCUGCAUCUUUAGAACCAUCAUAUGUCCUACAUGCUUUGGGUAAAGAUGACGCUUUAGCUCACUCUUCUAUCCGUUUCGGUAUUGGUAGAUUCACCACCGAAGAGGAAGUGGAUUACGUUUUAAAAGCCAUCACUGAGAGAGUGAAGUUCUUGAGAGAACUAUCUCCUCUAUGGGAAAUGGUACAAGAAGGUAUCGAUUUGAAUUCCAUCCAAUGGUCUGGCCAUUAG